UCAAGACCACCUUCAUCAAGCCCUUCCAGUAUUAUUCGUCGAACUUCCUCACUGGAUACACUUGCUGCUCCAUACCUUGCUGGACAGUGGCCUCGUGAUAAUCAUGGACAAGCUGCUCCAUGUAUGAGAGACAAAGCCACACAGACAGAAAGUGCCUGGGCUGAAGAAUAUUUAGAAAAGAAGAGAAGCUCACACAAACGUUCAGCAUCAUGGGGCAGCAAUGAUCAGCUCAAGGAGAUUGCAAAAUUGCGUCAACAAUUGCAGAGAAGCAAGCACAGCAGUAGGCAUCAUCGUGAUAAAGAAAGACAGUCUCCAUUUCAUGGUAACCAUGCAGCCAUUAACCACAGUCAGGCUCCCAUUCCAAAGAGUGCUCUUGUUCCUGUGAUACCUAUUACCAAAUCAACAGGAUCACGAUUCCGAAACAGUGUAGAAGGACUGAAUCAGGAGAUUGAGAUAAUAAUUAAGGAGACGGGAGACAAAGAGGAACAGCUUGUUCCUCAAGAAAUUCCAGAUGGGCACCGUGCACCACCUCCAUUGGUUCAGCGCAGUAGUAGUACUCGCAGCAUUGAUACCCAAACGCCUGGUGGAGCAGACAGGGGUAGUAACAACAGCAGCCGCUCCCAGUCAGUAUCUCCAACCUCAUUUCUUACCAUCUCUAACGAAGGCAGUGAAGAAAGUCCAUGUUCUACAGAUGAUAUUCUUGCUGAUUCCAGAGAUAAAGAGAAUGGGAAUAAUUCUCCCUUGCCAAAAUAUGCUACCUCACCAAAACCCAACAACAGCUACAUGUUCAAGCGUGAACCUCCAGAGGGCUGUGAAAAGGUGAAAGUCUUUGAGGAAAGCUUGCCAAAGCCAUUGCAGGAAAUUCCAGCCUUCUACUGCCCUGACAAGAACAAAGUGAAUUUCAUUCCUAAAAGUGGCUCUGCUUUCUGUCUUGUCAGCAUCCUCAAGCCACUUCUUCCCACACAGGAUCUUACACUUAAGGGCACUACACACAGCCUGACUGUCUCCUCCAGCAUGACACCCAGUUUGUUACAGCCCAUUUCUGUGGCCUCCUUGUCUACAAACACAGAUCAAGACAGGAUCUCCCGUGGAACGAGUACAGUAAUACCGCAGACCUCUCUACUCCAGCAAUCGGGACAUAUUGAGGAAGCUGAAGGAUAAAUUUAGUUUGUCUUGACGUUGUUCUGGGCAACUACUGGGAAAAAAUUGGAACCAGUUGACUGGACCUUUCUGAUCACACUAUUUGCAUUGUUUUAACAA